AUGUCCCUCUUUGGCGACCAUCAUGCAAUUCCCCCCCGAAACCUGCACAAAUGGCCAAGAUGCGGCACAAAAGCUGGAAUGCCAUGGGCUGACUUUGCGGGACGCCUGCAGAUUUUGUUCGCAACCGGCGACACCAUGGCGCAGCAAAUCGUCGAGCGCAAGGGCGUAAAGAAUCAUGAGUGGGAUCGCACCGCCCGCAUGGCCGCCUACGGCGGUGCCAUCUUCGGCCCGGCCGCGACGACGUGGUUCAAGGCGCUGCAGCGUAUCCAGUUGAAGUCGACCAACGGCACCAUCCUGGCCCGCGUCGCCGCCGACCAGCUGCUCUUUGCUCCUGCCAACAUGUGCCUCUUCCUGUCGACCAUGGCUGUGCUCGAGGGCGGCAAGCCCAAGGACAAGCUCAACUCGACCUACUGGCCCGCGCUCAGCAAGAACUGGAUGGUUUGGCCCUUCGUGCAGGUCGCUAACUUCAAGUUUGUCCCGCUUGAGCACCGCGUGCUGCUAGUCAACGUCAUUUCUCUCGGCUGGAACUGCUAUCUCAGCUUCCUCAACAGCCAGGGCGGAGCCACAGCUGCUGGCUCCGAGGCCGGGUCCUUGGCAGCCGAGAAGAUGGAAUGA